GCCGGCUGGAAGGACCACAUCCUGGCGUCCACGGCGUCAGAAGGGGGCAGCAAGACCGUGGUCAACUACUUCCAGCGCCUCGAGUUCCAGGAUGGCAAGCGCAAGCUGGCCACCCAAGAUUAUCACGGCAGCGGGCGGGUCCAUGUGCACAGCCUGGACUACUUGCAGAACGUGGAGGAGAUCGGCCUGGAGCACAAGAUGUCCGCCACGGUGCCGGAUGCAGAGGAGCAGCCAGCACUGCGAGGCUACAUGCUGGGCCGGCCUCAUGGUCGCAGCGACAGUGGCUGGCCGGUGGAGGGCGGCGAGUCCCGGUAUGACCCAGAGGACAAGAUCGUCAGGUUGCACCACACUGAAGAGGACAAGGCGUCGGGGCAUCGGGCUUUCUUCUCCGAGACGCUGGAGGUAACCAAGUGUCAUCAGGACGUCCUGCAUGGCAAUGGCCAGGGCCUGCUUCUCAAGUAUGUGGCGACCUACACACCCAAGUUCUCCGACAGCUUCGCCCGGGAAUGGCUGAAUGAUGAGGCCUCUGCUUUCUCCGUGGCCCGCAGGGUGCUGUUCGAUUACCAGCCCGCCGAACCGGAAAUGUGGCUCUACCUCUGUGCGCAGCAGAUGCCGCCUUGCCGCUACGGUGGCACCAUGGUCCCGCUCAUCGUGCCCUGGCCCGGUAUGGAGACACCGCCGCAGGUGGUGAAGGCCUACGAGGACUCGGAAUGGCGCCGCGAGGACAUGAGUCUCCUGGAGUUCUGCCGCAAGACCAACAAGAACGGUCGCAUCGCCCAGUGGGUGGUCAAGCUCCACAAGGCAGCGGGGGACGUGCAGCCCGCGGACGACGAGGCUACGAAGCUCCGAAAGCUACGCGACUUCGCGAACAGCUGCCCGAUGAGCGGCGAGAAGCUGAUGGCCUGCGACAUGCCCUCGCUCUUCAACGACCGGUGGUUCGGGCAGUGGCUGGCUUUGCGACAGCCGUUCCGGUGCCUCGGCGACCUCAUGCUGCCAGAAGUACAGGAGAAGGUGCCGCCCCAAUACGUCCACUUCACCAACGCCGUGUUGCAGUACCCGGCAUACUGGGAAGACGAGGAGCGUGUUCGCGCCGAUCUGGAACUGGAGGCCAUGGGAAACGGCAAGAUCCAGACCUUUCUGGCCAAGGUGCUGGCACAGCGGGCAUUGGUGGAGAAAUUCCUCAGCGGGGAGCUCGCCAAGGAGGACGCUGAUGGCACGCACGAGGCACUGCGCGAGGUGGGCCUGCUACCCGAGGAGGAGGAUCCCAUGUUCAAGGACGUCCAUUUCAACGACCGUCAACGGCAACUGGAGAAGAGCAUCUGCAAGUUGCUGGACAGGGCCAAGGCGGCGAGGGAAGCGCCGAACGAAAUGGAGUGGGAUCGCAUCGUGGAGGAAGCCAAGAAGCAGAACAGGCCUCAAGCAGAUUCGGUGGAAGUAAUGGACUGCCUGACGCAGUACGAUAUGAUCGUGGUCGACGAGAUCUCCCAGCUCUCCCAGAAGGACUAUGAGCGCAUCAUCCAGAUGUGGGAGGCGGCAGACCGGGUUCCUGUCCUCGUCUUCGCAGGCGACUUCUGGCAGCUCCCAGGCGUGCAGCCCUCCAAAGCCACUGACAGCCCCAAAUGGCACAUGGUGCAUCAGAUCGAGCUCCACGAGAUGUGGCGCUGCAAGGACGAGACCUUGCGCGAGAAGCUGGUCGCUCUGCGGACCGCGAUGCCCACGAAGAAGCUUCUGAAGCGCAUCUGCCUUCGCCACAAGGCCUGGUCCGGUCAUCGGAAGCCGACGGCUUGGGACAUACAGCAGCUCUACCGCAAGGUGCCCCACACCACGGUGGCCACCUGUACGAAGAGAAGGGCCGCCCACGUCAACGACCUCUCCAUCUGGGUGCUCUUCACGACCCAGCGCAAGCGGCAGCUGGCCAAGCUCAAGGUGGACUGGGAGUCGAAUGCGGACAACUACGACGAGAAGAACAAUGUGAUCGCGGGCCGGCCACCAAAGCCCUUGACCAUGAAAGUCUACAAGAACCUCCGCGUGCAUCUGACCCGCAACGUGGACAAGUCCUCAGACUUCGUCAACGGUAUGGAGGCCACUGUCAAGAGCUACGACCCGAACUCUCGCUGCCUCCAUGUGCUCACCAAGACAGGUCGCAACUUGGCUGUGUACCCCAUUACAGACUGGGUGGAGGGCUGCGGCUACGUCACUGCUUACCCAGUCCGUCCAGGAUAUGCCAGCACGGUGCACAAGCUGCAGGGGGCCGAGCUGGAACAUAUCACCGUGUGGCUGGACAUUCCCUUCAUGCGGGCGGCUGGAUACGUGGCACUGAGUCGAGUGCAGCGAGACACCGACUACCUCUUGGGUGGCAUCGUGACGCGCCGCCACUUCCUUCCGGCGAUGUGA